UCAUUUUGUAUGACGUAGAAUCUGGUAUGAGCCAGACCCCUUUUGAGGCCACAUUCGCUGGAUGGGAUGAUAACAGCUUUUUCAAUGGCCCCUUAGGCAGCUGCACCACUUUUACUGUCGAAUCCUUAACAUCGGGCCCAACCGCAACACCAUCUGUGGGCUCAAGUCUUAAUCAAUAUCACCACGGUGACUGCAACGAGCAAGCCGCUGUGUCAACGCCCUCUGCUACGACGCAGCCGGCAACGACGCAACCGGAAACAACACAACCGACUACGACGCAACCGGUAACGACGCAACCGACUACGACGCAACCGGUAACGACGCAGCCGGCAACGACGCAACCGGAAACAACACAACCGGCUACGACGCAACCGGAAACGACGCAACCGACUACGACGCAACCAGUAACAAUGCAACCGACUACGACGCAUUCGACAACGACGCAACCUAUAACAACUCAAUCUGCUACGACAUCGCGUGGUACUACUGUUGCUGUUGAAGGGCGUUGUGAGACUUUCAAAAUUGGAGCCACGCUGGAGAACUGCCACCCUCGGGUAUCCCUCUGCAGCAACCCUGACUUCAACAGCAGUGCCAUUACAGUGGUGAGUGCAACCUUGCGGGUGUCUGAGGCAUCACCUGUCGAUAUCACCCGACUCGCACAAAACAUCAUCGCUUGCAGCCAGCCUGCAUGUGAGGGCGCCCUGUAUGAGGUCAUUCAAAUGUACUCCAGGGUCGAAUGCCUGAGCGCAGUGGAUGGGCCAAAGACAAUUUCCAUCGAAAUCGAAUACACGUAUGAAUCCUUUACAUUUAGUAUCCAAACGAACAGCCUUUUCACCAUUGAUGAAGACGGUCUGCACAGCGAGCAUUGCGAUAAUCUCUACUACGAAUCGAGGCCCAAUAUGACUUCAAACUCAGUGGAAUACCCCUUCAACUGCUCUUUACUUGACGAGUCGAGAUACGGCGAAUCAUCAAGCGCAAGUACACCAGGAUCCACAGUGGAAAAACGAGGGUGCCCUCCGAUGACAAAAGGCUUUGUCGCAGGAACAUCGCUUGGAUUUGAAUCAUGUGGUGCCACAUUCAUCAUCGUAUCCGACUCGCUUGAUAUGGCGGAUGGUAAGUGGAAUCAUCUCACAGAGCGGAAAGAUGAUGGUCUAGUGGUUGAGCCCCCAUCACACCAAACUAGUUCUCACUACGUUCUGCAACCGUCCUAGAAAAUCACAAAACGGGUUGUUUCGGGGUAGAAUGUGUAAAACUGUCUAUAAUACGAUCCUAAUCCGUUCAUAAACAGUCCUUAAUACGUCCAACUCGUCUGUACCCCGUCCACAGUCAGCUCAUAUCAAGUUCAGAUCGGGUAAAUUUGCCAUUUCCAGGCAGUCCAAGCUAGUCUGUAGUCAGAUUAAACCCGUUAUUACCUAGUUGUACCUCGUUCCCAAUACGAACAAACCUAUUCUAAGUAGUUCAGAGACAGUUCAGCUCUUCCUCAUCUCGUUCUUAGUGCGUUCAAACGCGCUC